UCGCCAGCAUCCCCUCUGUGAUGGCGUGCGCGGACGCUGCUUCGUUAGUGACCGCGGCCUAUCCUUCUCGCACAGUUAGCCAGCCAAACAACAUGUUGGAAGUCCGCUGAAGGCAAAACGAAAGAAGAAAACCACAUGAUUUUGGAUUAUGAACUGUUCCUUUAUCGGCCGGGUUUUACUAUAUCCCUCGUCGGUCUUCCUUCUCCCUUGAUACAGUGGAAUGAGAAACUGCAACCAUGAUGGAAGGACUGAAAAAGCGUACCCGAAAGGCCUUCGGGUUACGCAAGAAAGAAAAGGACAGUGACUCCACAGGAUCACCAGACAAGGACAAAUCCAAAAAAGCCAAUGGAGCACCCAACGGUUUCUAUGGUGAUAUAGACUGGGAUCGAUAUCCCGGGACCUUCUCUCCUGUGUUCCAGAACUCACCGGAUGUGGAUGAUGAGGGAUACAGCAUUAGGCCUGGAGACCAAGGAGGAACCACCCUGAAACCGAAGGCCUACUUCUCGUCCAGCGAGUCGGAAGGCGAGGACGAGCCAGGAAAGAAGUUUAAGAUUAAGAUUAAGCCGCUGGCGCCUGACAACGGCACUGUGUCCACCAUGGAUGAACUGAAAGCCUCCGUGGGCACCCUGGCCAUCUCGCCCUCACCCCUGAGGAGAAGCCCGAGGCGCAGUCCGUGCCCACUGAAACGAAACCUGUCGAGCGAUGAGAUCGCCAGACCUAGACGUUCCACUCCGACGCCCAUUGCAGCCCCAGGGCCUGGUCCCGACACGCCCAGUAAAAGGUUACCAGACAAUGCCACGGCUUUCUUUGGCUCACCAUUUGAGACGGAGUUUGAAGUACGCAAUUCAGAAGUUUUCAUAGUGGAGCCAGAGCUAUGGCGUCAGUCGACUCUACGUGCCACUUCCCCUUUGAACAGAAUGUUCCCCUCGGGAGCUCCACCUCCUCUUCCUCCAAAGAACUUUGCUGCCACUCUACCCUGCUAUAGCACGAGCUCACUGGAAUCUUCUGGUUAUUACAGUGUUGUUCCCAGUGUGAGAGGGGAGGGAUCAGCCUCUGCCUGUCAGGACGUUCUGUUAUCGGACACUGUAGGGGUGUCAGCUAUGCAUGACUUGGACAAUGUCUUUGGCCCUGCCGAUACCCCCAAGUCUGGAACAGAGAUAAUACAGUCCAGCUGGGUCAGUUUCAACGAUGGGCCUGAUUCCAGGCCACCACCACCUGAUGAGCCUGCCCCCUCCCCACCUUUUUCAUUGUCCCCUGUAGACUCGCCCUCCCCCUCACCCCUUAACCUCCCACCUCCGGACUCAUCCCCUCCCCCGCUACACUCCAUCCCCCCACCUGACUCUCCUCCACCCCCUCCUCCCUCCACUUCCCCACCCCCAGACUUGCCCAGCAAACAGUCAACUGAGGACCAAGGCCUGCCUCCACCUUCUACCUUUCAGCUUCUAGAGCCCAUGCUUUCCCCCAGUACCCCUCAAACCCCCACAAGCCCUGGUCUGCCCCCACUUCCCAUUGAGCGGUCUCCACAUGGCCCCAUUCCACCUCCUCUGACCCUACGAGAUGAGGCGAACCCCAGGAGAACCCCAGACUCUGUUGGACUGAGAGAAGAACUCUUCACAUACUCUUUUUCACCCAAAGAGGUAGGCCCAGGAGGCCUACGGGGCACCCCACCCCCACUGCCCUACAGGAGUAUGAUGGCCUCGCCCGGUCCUGGCAGUGGGCCUUCAUCACCUGCUCGCCCUGCCACGCCUCUGUCAGCAGGCAGUCCAAUACCACCGCUGCCACCUCGCCCGUCCUCGCGACCUAAACUCCCACCCUGCAAACCCAACGCUCGGCCCUUCAGCCCCCCCAUCCACUCAUGGAGUCCUCCGCCGUUUGCUCCUCUGGCCCGAGCAGAGAGCAGCUCUUCCAUCUCCUCGGUGACCUCACUGAGUGCUGCCUCAACACCGACGCUGGGCCGGGACCUUAACCUGUCCAUCACGGCCUCCUCCCGAGGACCAAGUCCACUAACCAUGGGACACCAGGACACACUGCCUGUGGCAGCCGCCUUCACCGAGACCAUCAGCGCCUACUUCAAGGGAGCUGACCCCAGCAAGUGUGUGGUGAAGAUAACCGGCGAGAUGGUGUUGUCCUUCCCAGCAGGCAUCACCAGACACUUUUCCAACCAGGCCAGCCCACCUGUCCUUACCUUCUCCAUCAGCCGCUAUAGCCGUCUGGAGCAGGUGCUCCCCAACCCUCAACUUCUCUGCUGUGACACCCUGGCAACCAUCUCUGACUGUAAGGAGUUUUGGGUGAACAUGCCCAACCUGAUGUCACAUCUGAAGAAGGUUGCAGACCAAAGGCCUCAGGCUACAUACUACAAUGUGGACAUGCUGAAGUAUCAGGUGUCCACACAGGGCAUCCAGUCCACUCCGCUGAACCUGGCUGUGAGCUGGCGUGGCGAUGCCAACAGCACCGACCUCAGGAUAGACUACAAGUAUAACACGGAGGCUAUGACCACCCCCACACCCCUCACCAACAUCCAUUUCAUGGCACCCGUGGGCGGCGGCGUGACCAAAGUUCAGGCCAUGUUACCUCCAGCCAUCUGGAACCCGGAAACACACAAGAUACUGUGGAAGAUACCUGAGCUCUCACAAAAAUCUGAAAAUGGAGGAGUCGGGGCACUUCUGGGCCGCUUCCAGCUAGCAGAAGGCCCCACCAACCCAGCUCAGCUGACUGUGCAGUUCACCAGUGAAGGCACCACACUCUCUGGCUGCGACUUCCAGCUGGUGGGAGCAGGCUACAGACUUUCCCUUGUGAAGAAAAGGUUCUCUGCGGGUAAAUAUUUGGCAGACAACUGAUGUUGCUGUUGUAACGACAGCCAUAACAACUUUUGAACUGAACUGAGGUGGGGGAAUGAGGGUGCUUUCAAGUUUGCCACUAAAAGUGACUUUUAAAAACAUUUUUAAUCUUUGAAGAAUAACAACCGCAACAAACACCCCCGAGAUUCCUUAAUCUGGAAUUUCUUUGGCAUAGAAUAUCAUCAGUGUGUGUGUUUGUAUAUGUGGGUAGUGCGUGCAUGCACGCUGGUGUGCGAGUGUAUGUGUGUGCGCCUGUGUGUGUGUUUGGGUAGUAGCAAAAUAUGUGUAUACAGUAAAUUUCAGGAUAAAUGCAAUACAGCAAAUUUUUGCUGGGUUUAUGCAAGAAGGCAGAGUUUCCUCUUUAAAUUCAAUGCACCUCCUCUCUGCCCAUGAUUCUACGUGUGUGGUUGUACACACUCAGCAAUGUUCUAUACUAUUAAUCCCAGGGUUCACUUAGCAAAUUAACAAUAGCAGUGG